AUGACAAAUGAACAAAAUGAAACUCAAGCAGAUUUGAACUCUAAAUCUGAUCUGUCGGAUGGCUCUUUAAAUCAGCCGGAGCCAAUCACCAUCGAAAGUGUGAUGCCGGAUUUUGAUGGAAAAAGAUGGUGGCAACUUUCACAUAUCAGAAAGCUAUCUCUGUGCAUUUUUGUUGUUGCCUUAACUGCAUGUAACAACGGUUAUGACGGUAGUGUUCUCAACUCAUUGUACAGUAUGCCAACAUUUAAUCAUGCAAUCGGCAACGUUGAUGGCGCCAUUUUAGGUUGCUUAACUAAUGGUUAUGUGUUUGGUGCCUUUUGUUCUUUCUUUGUUAAUUCUUAUAUUGUUGAUAGGUUUGGAAGAAAGCCAGGUAUUCAAAUUGGUAACAUAUCUAUGAUUUGUGGUGUUAUCAUCCAGGCAUGUGCCGGUAGUUGGAGAUCGUCUUACCCCUCUGAUUAUAAAGGUAGGGGGGUUUUAGGAAUGUUAAUUGGUGCAAGAGUGGUUAUAGGCCUUGGUGCUGGUCUUAUUUCUAUUGCUGCUCCAUCUCUUAUCAGUGAAUUAUCUUUUCCAACGCAUAGAUCUACCUGUACGGCAUUCUAUAAUUCUUCGUGGUACUUGGGAGCAAUUGUUGCAGCAUGGGUCUCUUAUGGUACAAGAAAUAUGUCCAAAGACUGGUGUUGGAGAAUUCCAACAAUUGUCCAAGGUUUUUUCCCUGUUUUACAGAGUUGCUUGUUACUUUUCUGUGUUGAUGAGUCUCCUAGAUUUUUGGUUUCUAAGGGUAAAUUAGAGGAAGCAAGAAAGGUAUUGAGUAAGUGUCAUGGUGGUGGUUACAAAGGCAGUGAAAUUUUGGUCGAUUAUGAAAUGACAGAAAUUCAGUUGGCAAUUCAACAAGAGAGACAAGCCAGCGAGGAGUCUUCGUACAAAGAUUUCAUUAGGACAGCAGCCAAUCGUAAGAGAACAUGGAUUUUAUGCUGUCUUGGAACAUUCAUGCAGUUGUCUGGAAAUGGUUUGGUUUCUUACUAUCUCAGCAAAGUCCUUAUCUCCAUUGGAAUUACAUCUACUAGUGAGCAGUUAGUUGUGAACGGUGGUUUGAUGAUUUACAACUGGGGUUGCUGUUUGAUUCAGGCAUUCCUAAUUAUUCCGAAUAUUAAAAGAAGACACGCAUUUAACUUUUCACUCUUUGGUAUGCUCCUCUGCUUUGUUAUCUGGACAAUCCUAUCUGCUAUUAACCAGCAACGUAACUUCAAACAAAAGGAUUUAGGUCAGGGUGUUUUGGCUAUGAUCUUUCUUUAUUACUUCUGCUAUAACGUUGGAUUAAAUGGUGUUCCAUUUACAUAUGUUACUGAGAUUAUGCCUUUUACUUUAAGAGGUAAAGGUCUUAACAUUUUCACCUUUGUCCAGUACAUUUGGAUGAUCUACAAUGGUUUUGUUAACUCAAUAGCAAUGUCAGCUAUUGAAUGGAAGUACUACAUUGUUUACUGCUGUAUUCUCGCAGUUGAGUCCGCAAUUGCCUACUUUACUUUUGUUGAAACAAGUGGUCACACAUUGGAGGAAGUGGCAGAAGUCUUCGGAGACUCCGAAAAUCUUGGAAAAGUCAGUGGUAUGGCAGCUUUGGAAGAGGGCAAGCUUAAAGGUGAUCAUGAACAUGUCGAGUAUGCUUAA